UUUACACUCGGCGAUAUGUGCGUAAAUGAUUGAUUUAGAAGUCGUACGUUCGGGGCGACUUGUUUACCAGAAAAAGUCAACUUGUUUUGUAGAAUACUAUUUAUCGGUGGCAUUCUGUUAAUACCAAUUGUUUCAGGGCCUUAUACAACGGAUUUUCUCAGUUUGAUCCAUGUAAAGAAUGUGAUUGUGUUGUGAUUCUUUUUGCCUUUCCUGCUGCGGGGGGGCAGGAUUAAAAAAAUGAUACCUUUUCUGCAGCAUUGUGAUACGAAUUUCAGUGCCCGUCUUCUUGUGGAUAUUAUUUGUAGGUGGUGCUAUGUGUCGACCCUUCAUUGAUGAAAUUAUCUUCAAGUUUUGUGUUAAUGAGGUUGUAAAAUCUUGCCAAGCCACUAGUAAAGGAUAAUACUAUAAUAUUAAUUUGAUUACUUCAAUGUUUGAUACCUAUAACCAAAGGAAUUUCCAUACUCACCGCUUAUCAGGAAUUUGGUUACGCUUUCACUACCGGAUAUACCGAUGAACUUUUCUUUGAUCUUGGCAGAGAUUUAUUCGGUUCUGCCCUUUACCUCUUCCGAUCAAAGUAAAUAAAGAAAUAAAAGAUCUCCAGUCUUGUAUCUAUGGAAGCGUCCGAAAGCUCUCUAUUAUGGACCGCCAACCGGUGGCAUUAUCUAGUCUGAAGGAGUCGAUGUGUGUGUAAGCGAUGUCAAACAAUCUGUGGCUCGUGUUCACGUGCAUCUGGCUAUGGUGCUGCAUGAUACAGUGUCAUCAAGACUCCUGGCCAUCUUUCCCUAUGCUAAAAGAUCGAGGAAGCAGCGCAGCUGUAAGCAGUGCUUACGAAGAUGACGUCUGUCUAGACGUGGACAUACGGAACUCAGUGUCAUCUUUUAGUAAACUAGAAAACUGUUCUGUCGUGGAAGGUUCUGUACAAAUUCUUCUUAUCGACAACGCAGAAAGCAAAGACUUUGAAAACAUGACUUUUCCAAAGCUCAAAGAAAUUACGGGUUACCUCCUCUUGUACAGGGUGCAAGGCCUUCAGUCAUUAUCUAAACUCUUUCCAAAUUUGACGGUCAUCAGGGGUGAUGUACUGUUUCAUAACUAUGCACUUGUUAUCUAUGAACUUCGUGCCAUACUUGAUGUUGGACUCACAAGCUUAACAACGAUCUUGCGUGGAUCUGUUCGCAUUGAAAAAAACGCUCAUUUGUGUUAUGUGGAUACCAUCGAUUGGGAUUUGAUUGCAAAAGCUGGUCGCAACGGUCAUUUCAUCAAAGAUAAUAAAGCUCAUGAACAGUGUCCGAAUACUUGUCCUGAAAUGGAUUGUCAUGUUAGCAGCAGCUCUAAAACUCAUCGCCAGCAGAAGUUGUGUUGGAAUUCUCAUGCGUGUCAAAAAGUUUGUGGUGUAGACUGUGAAUAUCAAAAUUUAACUUGCUCAACAAAACAUCAGUGUUGUCAUCAGGAGUGUUUAGGAGGAUGCAACGGACAACUAGCUGAUGAAUGCAUAGCUUGUCGUCAUGUGGUUUAUAACAGAAAAUGUAUGAAGCAAUGUCCACCUAACACAUUUAAGUACUUAGGUAGAAGGUGUAUUGAAGAAAAUAAAUGCAAAAAAACGAGAAACAAGCUCUCCAUUUCACAUGACACUCAGGAUAUUUAUUGGAAACCAUUCCAGGGUCAAUGUUUACCUCAAUGCCCUCAAGGUUACUCUGAAAGCAAGACGAAUAAGCAUGAAUGUAAAAAGUGUAAAGGACAAUGCCCUAAAAUCUGUGAUGGUGCUGUUAUUGAUAGUGUUAGUUCUGCUCAAAAACUUAAAGAUUGUACUUAUGUCAAUGGCUCUCUAGAAAUUCAAAUACAAGGAGGAGAUAAUAUCAUCAAAGAAUUGGAAUCCAGCCUAAGCAGCAUUAAGGAAAUAAGGGGUUAUUUAAAAAUUGCUAGAUCUUACCCUCUGGUGUCUUUAAAUUUUUUGAGAGAUUUGGCAUACAUCCAUGGAGAACAAUUAGACAAAAAAGAAUAUGCCUUGCUUGUAUUAGACAACCAGAAUCUUCAAGAAUUGUGGAAUUGGGAAAGUAGGAAAAAUAAGCUUAUGAUCAAAGGUGGUAAAGUUUUCUUCCAUUUCAAUUCCAAACUAUGUCCAAAUAAAAUUGAGGAACUUAAAAGCCAUGCUGAGGUUAUGCCUUGGGAUGAAAGAGAUGUCUCCCCUAGCUCAAAUGGAGAUAGAGUGGCUUGUAAUGUCAUCGAUAUGGAUAUGGAAGUUUGGCGUGUCGGUGCUAAUGUUGUUGGUCUGAGAUGGACAAAUUUUAGACUGGCUCAUAAAAAUAUUGAUUUUCGGUCACUUUUGGGCUAUGUUGUUUACUUUAAAGAAGCACCAGACGGACUAGGAAAUGUGACAAUAUUUGAUGGUAGAGAUGCAUGUGGAGCCGAUGAGUGGAAAAUUGAUGAUGUUGAUGCCAAUGAAGACCCUACUGUGAUAACUCUUCUGACUCAUCUAAAACCAUUUACAAGAUAUGCUGCAUACAUGCGAACAUAUACCAUUGCUUCUGCUGCCGUUGGAGCUCAAACUCCCAUAAUUUAUUUUCAGACUAAACCAGCAACUCCUACUUCACCUGUAAAUCUAAAGGCUCAUGCAUCUUCACCUAAUGAAAUUGUAGUAACAUGGUUUCCUCCAAAAAAUCCUAAUGGUGUAAUCAAGUACUACAUCGUAGAAGGUAUACGAGAAAAAGAUUCUUCUGAAUUUGUGAGUCAAAGAAAUUACUGUAAUGAGCCAUUAGUAAUAUCUGAUUUGAAAAAACCUGUUCAGGAGAAAAUUCCAGUUACAGAAGACCCUCUGAAAUUUGAUGAAAAGCAAAAAGAAGAAGAAACCAAACCAAAAGAUUGUUGUUCUUGUUCAAAAAAAAAUAUUCCUACUCAAGGAGAAGAAACUGAAUCACAAAUUCAAUUUGAAGAUUUUCUUCAUAACAAAGUUUACUUAAAAAACCCAUCUUUUAAUGCCAAUGCUGGUAUCAAUACUGAUUUGAAUCAAAAUUUACCAUCUACUACUCGAGCACCUGCGUCAAAAAUGCCAUUUUUUUACAAUAUAACUCCCAAUUCUAAUGUUGACUUCACCAUGACAACUAAUACUGAACUUACAUCUGAAGAACCAUCAACCACAGCAUCGCCUGAUCGAGAAGGGCGGUUUUAUUUCAAAGUUGAAGAAAUGUAUCGUGCUGUAACUGGACUUCAUCACUUUACAGAGUACACCAUUGAGGUUAAAGCUUGCCAAGAGAAAAGUAGAGAGUUGGAACAACCGUGCAGUUCUCAGGCUAUAACAACUGUUCGAACUCUUCCUUUGGGUGGUGCAGAUGAUAUUGAGGAAUCAAGUAUCAUAAUUAACAAUGAGAAUCUGACAGCUGGCAUCUAUGUGAAAUGGGAUGAACCUAAAGACUACAAUGGCUUAAUUGUAAAUUAUCAUGUUGAAAUAAGAUCAUCUGAUGCUUCAGAUUACAAAACAAUACCUAUUUGCAUCACUCAACUUGAUUACCAGAAGAAAAUGGGUUACAUAUUUAAUGAUUUAUUACCUGGAAAUUAUUCUCUGAGGCUAAGAGCCACCUCACUUGCUGGGAAUGGAAACUGGACUAGAGCUGUAUAUUUCAUUGUUCCAGAUUUUAGAAGUGGCAUGCGACCUGAGUUUUUAGCCUUGUUAGUCAUUGGAAUUGUUUUUGUAGUAGUUAGUACGUUUGGAGCAAUUUUGUUUUAUGCCUAUCAGAAAAAGAAAUAUGAUAAUAUGCCUACCAUGCUGUAUGCAUCUGUAAACCCAGAAUAUAUGAGUGCUGUUUAUGAGCCUGAUGAAUGGGAAGUGCCUCGAGAUAAAAUAGCUUUACUCCAAGAACUUGGUCAAGGAUCAUUUGGUAUGGUUUAUAAAGGAGAAUUUACUACUGAGGAUAGAGGAUUAAUGAAGUGUGCAGUUAAGACCGUGAAUGAAACUGCAUCUCUCAGGGAAAGAAUAGAGUUUUUGCAAGAGGCUUCAGUUAUGAAAGCAUUCAACUGCCAUCAUGUUGUUAGAUUGUUAGGAGUUGUUUCUAAAGGACAUCCAACGUUAGUGGUUAUGGAAUUGAUGGGAAAAGGUGACCUGAAAGCUUACCUACGUUCCCGACGACCCGAUAGCGAAGUAAAACAAUUAUUUUUUCAUAUGAUUAUCUUUGUUUUUAUAAAUCUUUGUUUUGAAUUCAAUUUAAUUGUUUAUAUUUUUCAGGAAAAUGUUGGCAAGAAUGUUACUCCUCCUACUUUAAAAGAGAUUCUAAAAAUGGCUGUUGAAAUUGCUGAUGGAAUGGCAUAUUUAGCUGCUAAAAAAUUUGUUCACAGAGAUUUGGCUGCCCGUAAUUGUAUGGUAUCAGAUGAUUUGACUUGCAAAAUUGGAGAUUUUGGUAUGACAAGGGAUAUAUAUGAAACAGAUUAUUAUCGAAAAGGAGGCAAGGGCCUGUUACCUGUUCGUUGGAUGGCUCCAGAAUGUUUGAAGGAUGGUUUAUUUAGUUCUCAAUCUGAUAUAUGGUCCUAUGGUGUUGUUUUAUGGGAAAUGUCUACUUUAGCAUCUCAACCAUACCAAGGAUUAGCAAAUGAACAAGUUUUACAUUACGUAAUUUCUGGAGGGAAAAUGUCGAAACCUGAAAAUUGUCCUGAUAAAUUGUAUGCACUGAUGGAAUUGUGUUGGGACAAAAAUCCUAAAGCCAGGCCAACUUUCCUGGAACUCAUAGACAUGGUUUUACCCGAUGUUGACCAAGGUAGGUUCAAAGAAGUGUCCUUUUAUUCUUCGCAACGACAAGAAACAAGCACCAAAGAAAGUGAAAGUGAAUCUGCCACAGCCUCCACGCCCAUGAGGACUCAGUGGAUGGAGGCUCAGAACUCUCACGAAGAGUCGGACACAGAGUCUGAGAUCACCUUUUUCCCUCCCACCAGAAACACUUCGAGGUUGGUGGGAAGGAACUCUCAAGGCGAUAGCAGAGCUUACAGUGUUCAUUCCAUUGAGGGUAGCAAAGGGGUGUCUGCUACAUCCUCGGACGAUAGCAAAGGUAGCAAAGUAAGUAGUACUUCCAAUGGAAGCAUAGCAAACGGAGGAGUACCUUAUGUGUCAUGUCGAACUACUGUGUGUUGAUUAUUUUACUAAAGAAACAGGGUGCUCAGAAUCGGACCGAAAAUCCUCAUUGUGUGUGGGUGCGGUGUGUCAUUUGGUGCUGUUUAACCAUUAUUUAGACCACCUUUUGCACCAAACGUGUGUUCAUCUGGUCUUUUUAACUCCAAAAAACUUGUACAGAAAAUAUGUUGUGUGUGUGCAUUUUUGUUUAGUAUGUAUAAAUACAUAUAUAUAUAAAAAUUCAAGUAAUAAUA